AGAGAGAAAAGGACUACACAACUAGCAGCCUCAUCCACUCACCAAAAUCAAUGAUGCUUGUUGGAGAGUUUGGAACCAAGCAAUGGAGAGAGAAGAUAAGAUUUCAAAAAGGAUUAGAAUGUGAAAGCACAAGAAGAAAACUUUCCUGCUUCGGACAACAAUCAAGCAAGAUCUGCUAAGAGAAAGUGCUAAAAAUGGCGGAGGGCGCUGUCUCAUCUCUUAUAUGUAAAUUGGGUUCCCUGUUAUUAGAGGAAGCUAAUUUCCUCGGUGGAGUGAAAACGCAAAUCCGGUCUCUGCACGAUGAACUUGAGUGGAUUAACUCCUUCCUAAGAGAUGCUGAUGAAAAGAGCAGAAGCAACCGGAGGGUGAACUUGUGGGUGAGCCAAGUCAAAAACUUAGCUUUCGAUGCUGAGGAUAUCAUUGAUUUGUACAAGCUUCAAAUCGUGCGACAACGGCAAAGAAAUAUAGUGAAGAGGUUUAUGGGUUCUCGCAAAUAUCUUUUUACUCUACACAAGUUUGGAAAUCAAGUGGAGGACAUCAAAAGAAGGAUUGGAGAGAUUUCGGCUAACAGAUCCAAGUACGGGAUUGAAACUCUUGAAACUGGAGAGACUUCAACUCGUUUGGAUGAUUGCUUAGCACGAAAGAGAAGGAGAGAUAACAUGGAAGAGGAAGUUGACAUUGUUGGCUUUGAGAAAGAUAUUGAGAAACUAGCGACGCUUCUGAAGCAAGAAGAGUCCGAUCGGCAACUUCUCGUUGUUUCCAUAGUGGGUAUGGGUGGUUUAGGUAAGACCACUCUUGCUAAGAAAGUUUAUAAUAGGAGUGAUGUCAAGAACACUUUUGAUUCUUGUGCAUGGGUUUAUGUCUCUCAAAAAUACAUAAUAAAAGAUCUUCUCUCUGGGGCCAUAGCACAACUAAUGAUGCACCCAAAAAAAAGAGUUGGAAACCAAAGAUGAGGAAGAUUUGGUGAGAAUUCUCUCAGGUCACUUGAAAGAAAAACGAUGCAUGAUCGUAUUCGAUGAUGUAUGGAAAAGAGAAGAUUGGGAUAGAUUAAAGUUGGCAUUUCUAGUUCAUCAGGGUGAGGGGAAGCAACAGCGAGUGUUAUUCACCACCCGUAAUGUGGAAGUAGCCAAACAUGCUGAUCCAUUAAUUGCUCCAUAUGAACUCCAACUUCUGGGUGAUGAGGAGAGUUUU